ACCAUAUGUGUAAAUGUGACAAAAUUCUAGACUGUUUGUACCCCAGCAGCCCAUAUUUAAAUGUUGACAAUGCCGUUGGGUUUUGAAUCAGACAACUGCGGUUAUCUAUUAAUAAUGUUACAGUAGAUAGGAACUUAGGAAAGACACAUGCCAGACCAGUCAGAUGACGGUCCAAACAAUACACAUGUUAAGAGGAGCCUUUUAAACAGAAGUGUCGCUAUGAAACAAAAGUGGUUCUAUUAAGCCGACCUGCUAAUUGAAAAAUAAACGGAGGCGCCUACACCCAGACCAUAUACAAUGCCCAGACCCAAGAAGUCAUUGUGACCUUAUUCUCUUUGUUGAAUGCUGCCAAAAAAAUUUUACAAGACAGUGCCAUCUAAUGGCGAAUUUGACAUUGCAAACUGUCAGUGUUAAGUUUGGGUCAUAUGAUCGAAGGGGUUAAGUUUAUAUAAAUUUAUCAUCCAAGAAUAAGAUCUCCAUCCCCUAGAAAUUGAAAUAUAGACGGCAAGGACAAUCCGCGAGAUACAGAUUGCUGAAGACCAAGUCGUUCUCCCAUCCCAACUCCUUUUUUAAUGUACACUCCUCAAAUUUCACGUGAUUUUAUGUGAGAAUUUCAAAUUGGCGAGUUACGGGAGGAGUGCGAUACAUUUUCUUGGGUCUUCGCGAUGCAGGCUUUACUGGGGAAGAUAUUCAUUGGCAGCGCGGUGUCGAUUAUUACAGUUUUGACACUGUAUCAUGUACUAACUGGAAAAGGAGAGCGUAUCAGUGUCGGAUGGUUCCUCGAAGAUACAUCUCCUUAUAUGUGGGCUACAAUUGGUAUUGGUCUAUCAGUUGCACUUUCGGUUGUUGGGGCUGCUGCAGGCAUCCAUACGACUGGUGUUAGCAUUAUUGGUGGUGGCGUUAAGGCUCCUCGUAUCAAGACCAAGAAUUUAAUUUCCGUCAUUUUCUGUGAAGCUGUGGCAAUUUACGGACUGAUUACAGCAAUUGUAUUAUCCGGUUAUUUAUCUGAUUUCUCACUAAAAGUAGCCGAAGAAAAUGAAAAUGUUAGAAGUAAAAAUUGGAUGGCUGGUUAUUUAAUGUUCGGUUCUGGAGUUGCAGUUGGCUUUGUGAAUCUGUUCUGUGGAAUAGCAGUAGGUAUUGUUGGUUCUGGGGCAGCUUUGGCAGAUGCGGCGAACUCUGCACUAUUUGUCAAAAUUCUGAUUGUUGAAAUUUUUGGUAGUGCCAUUGGUCUUUUUGGCCUGAUCGUUGGCAUUUACAUGGUGGCGAAGGUUGCUAUGGGUGACAAGGUGUAGAUGAAAAAAGUUGUAUUUUAAAAAUACGCUCAUUCCAAUUUAUGUAUAUAUUUAUGUUGUAAGAGUAGUAGGGAACCUUUUAACUACUAUAAAUUGUAAACCUAUGAAAUUAAUGACAUGUCUGAUAAUUGUUGCAGUAGUAUUAGUAGUGGUAUUCAAUGUUAAUUCUUCAUUGUAGAUAGUUUUGUUAAAUAAUUUUUGGUUAGUAUUCUAUAGUAUUAAAUAGUAGAUAAUUUAAAAAUGACAA